AUGGGCCUCUGGAUCUUGGAACCCGACACGGACGGGGUCGUCCCCGGGACCGUCCACUUGCAGAAAGAGAGCGAGAAGCGGAUUCGCAACACGGCGUUCCUCAAACACGGCACGGGACGGCAUGCAGGGACCGUGCUGGCGCCGCAGCCGUCGUCGAGUCCGAACGAUCCGCUGAACUGGUCGCCCACCCGCAAAGUCCUCACGUCCAUCUUCCUCUCCUGCGGCACCGGCCUCAUGGCGGGCACCCACAACUUCAUCAACCCGGCCAACGCCGCCAUGGCCAAGAUCUUCCACACCACGGCCAACACCGUCUCGCAGAGCGUCAGCGUCGUGCUCUUGACGCUGGGCGUCAGUGCCGUCCUGACGAGUCCGCUGGCCCGCAUCUACGGCAAGCGGCCCGUGCUUCUCGCGUCCAACGCCAUCGCCAUCCUCGGGUACGUCAUUGUCGUCGCCGCCGGCGAGAACAUUGUCGGCCUCUUUGUCGGGCGCGGCAUCCACGGCCUGGGCAUUGCCGGGCUCGAGUACCUGGUGAGCUCGAGCGUCGGCGACCUGUUCUUUGUGCACGAGCGCGGCAUCCACCUCGCCAUCUGGCACUAUGCGCUGUCCGGCGGCAACGCGCUGGGGCAACCCAUCGGCACGGCCAUCCUGUCGUCCAUGGGCUGGCGGUGGCCGUUUAUCUGGGCCUGCAUCGUCUACGCUGUCUACACCAUUGUCCUCUACUUUACCUGUCCCGAGACGACGUACAACCGUCCGGCGCAGUUGGAUCUGGACAUUUUGGAGGACAUUGACGACAGCAGCAGCGAGCGGGAGAGUCCGGGGGCUGCGAGAGGCGACGAGAAGACGGCGAGCAGCAGCGUCCACGACGGGGACGUCGAGUCCGCGCCGCCCGCCGUCGAGGCGCGGAUGAGCUACCGCGAGAGCCUGCGCGUCUUCAACGGCCGCUUCAGCGACGAGUCGUUCUGGCGCGCCCUCGUCACGCCCUGGAGCGCGUUUCUCCUGCCCGCCGUCUCGUGGGCCGCCCUCUCGUACGGCUGGAGCGUGGCCGUGGCCGCCUCCUUCUCCGUCGGCCUGUCGUCCAUCUUCACCAAGGCCCCGUACAACUUCACCAGCAACCAAGUCGGCCUGACCGUCUUCUCGUCCUUUGUCGGCGCCACGCUCGGCAACGCCCUGCCCGGGCCGCUGUCCGACUGGCUGGUGACGUUUCUGUCCCGCCGCAACAAGGGCAUCUACGAGCCCGAGUUUCGCAUCGUCCUGUCCGCCCCCUCGUUUGUCCUGGGCCUGCUCGGCUUCUGGGGGUUUGGCUGGUCCCUCCAGGUCCGCGCGCCGUUCAUGGUCCCCGUCUUCUUCUACGGACUGGCCAUCUUUGCCGGCUCCAUCAACUCCCUCAUCAGCAACACGUACCUGCUCGACUGCCACCGUGCCCAGGCCCAGGACGGCUAUGCUGCCGUCACCAUCUUCCGGGGCAUCAGCAGCUUCGUCAUGACGUUUGUCAUCAACAUCUGGAUCCAGCGGAGCGGCUACCGGGACGUGUACUUUUGGAUCGGCGCCGUGCACGGCCUGACGUGCGUGAUUGGCAUGUUUCUCUAUGUGUUUGGGAAGAAGAUCCGCUUUUACAUCUCCAAGAACAAGUUUAUCCAGAGCAAGCUGGCCAAGCGCAAGGUGGCGUAA